UUUGCCUUUGUUUUGAUUCGACAUUUGAAAACAUAACCUCAAUUUUUUUCCUGGGUAUGGUGGUGGGCUUUAUAGACGUCCGCAAUGCACUUCGUGGUUUCUUAAAGCUUAUUAUUCGUCAUAUUGAACAAUAUGAUGCAAAUUUAAUUAUAAAUACGGCAAUUACAAUCGUGGCGUUAAGAACCCAACUAUAAAUGUGAACGAGGAAUAAAUAACCAAGUCACUGGCUAGUACGGUACGACUAUCUGUUACGGCUAUAAUAAUUAACAAGGUUUUUGAACGCUCCCUGCCCCAAACAAGCAAAGGAACUGUCAUUCGAGUUAUUUCAGCGAUAACCUAACUUAUAUGUUAUUAUUUGAAUAAAAGUUCAUAUUAAUCAGAAUUCCUACUUGGAAUUUUCAAGAAUGCCGACUUGGAAUCAAAUUCAGUCUCAACUGAGACACCCCAACAAUCCUGUAGUGUUUUUCGAUAUUACUGUUGGGACAAUGGAAAUAGGGCGAAUGAUUUUUGAGCUAUUUGCCGACGUUGUACCCAAGACAAGUGAAAACUUCAGAGAAUUUUGUACCGGUGAAUACAGAAGGGAUGGUGUUCCUUUAGGGUACAAAGGCGCUACAUUUCACAGAGUCAUCAAAGAUUUCAUGAUACAGGGAGGCGAUUUUGUAAAUGGAGAUGGUACCGGUGUCAUGAGUAUCUAUGGAGGCAGCACAUUUGCAGAUGAAAAUUUUGGCCUAAAACAUGACUCGCCAGGUUUACUGUCCAUGGCCAACAGUGGGAAAGACACUAAUGGCUGCCAAUUCUUCAUUACCUGUGCAAAGUGCAACUUCCUAGACAAUAAGCAUGUAGUGUUUGGACGAGUCAUUGAUGGUUUACUAGUUAUGAGAAAAAUAGAGAAUGUACCCACAGGCCCUAAUAAUAAACCAAAAAUACCAGUCACAAUAUCACAAUGUGGGCAAAUGUAAAUAAAAACAUUUUUAAAAUUCUUAA